CGAACGUCGGAGGCAGCAACGAGGCGUCGCUACGGUUUUGACGCACGACACGUGGACACAUCCUGCAAAAGCUGCGUCUGGCUGCAGCGGAACUGUCAGCGGGCUUCUCUUGUACAGUCGUCCGCCUCCGUGAGCGCGCCUGUCGCCCCGCUACCCCUGUCGGGGUGUCUGCAGCCAACAAGUGUGGGCGCGAGAGGCAACAGGUAGUCUGCUGGUGUGACGCGGCCGCCCUUAUCUAGAUGGACGGCACGGCCGCUGCGUGCGCGCUGCUCGCCGCCGCCGCCUACUACAACACGCUGGACGCCGGCUUCGUCUACGACGACAGACGGGCCAUCCUCGGCAACCCGGACGUGACGGGCAACGAGACGUCGCUGUGGCGGCUGGCGACGUCGGACUUCUGGGGCACGCCGCUGCGGCUGGCCGGCUCGCACGGCUCGUGGCGGCCUCUGGCGGUGCUCAGCUUCCGCGCCAACCACCUGCUGGGCGGCGGCUGGCACGCCGCCAACGCCGCGCUGCACGCGCUCUGCGCCGCGCUGCUGGUGCGCGUCGCGCGCCGCCUCCGGGCCGCCCCCGGCGUCGCGGGGGCGGCGUUCGCGCUGCACCCGGCGCACUGCGAGGCCGUGGCCGGGCUGGUGGGCCGCGCCGACGUCGCCGCCGCCGCCUGCUGCCUGCUGGCGCUGCUGUGCUACGCGCGCCACGCCGACCUGCGCGACGCCGCCGACGCCCGCCUCCGGCGCUGCCGCGGCUGCGGCGGCCCCGUCCACCGGCCGCAGGGCUGCUCCCUCCGGCGGGCGCUCGCCGCCGCCAAGGGGCUCCUCGGUAGCGCUCUCUGCUCGGCGAGCGACCGCCUCUCUUGCCAGACCCGCAGCUCCACUCACUCCACUGCGACCGGCACAGUCACGAUGAACGGCACUGCUUAUAAAUCCGGCGACUGGUUGGGACCAAGUUCCAAGUCAGCGCGAAACGACAUCGUCACUGAGUCCAAUGACGCCAACAACAACACCAGUACGGACGCACACGCUUGUCAACAGGCUCCUUUGAAAACAUCCGUUGACUUCGAUACACCGCCAUCGAAAGCGAUCACGGCACAAAUUACUCGCAUUACCGCCUCUCACACCACCUGUUGCAAACAACCUCGCACUUCAACGCAACACUACAAUGGAACUGUUCCUCUCGCCUCUUGGUCGUCAACCGAACCGACGGAAAAUGACGUCGCCGAAGGCAGUGAUGCGACACGAGACGCUAAUCACAACACUGAGUUCGUCACUUCAUCGCCGUUGUUUUCAAUGAGCCAGAGGCGCUACGAGAACGCCUUCGACAAUCAUCUUGAAGAAAAGGUUGUGAGACGCAGCCUCUUCAGAGCCAAAAGGGAGGCGAGCGGCAGACUCGCAAGUAAUGUGUUGAGAAGGAGGUGGAAGAAGUGUUUCAAGGACAAAAAUUUAAUCACAGACAGCGGUGAAGAUCAGAAACGGCUUCUGAAGACGGCAGAGAGGAACACCUGUUGCACAGCGGAGGGCAGCAACAAGGAAGAGUCGCACUCCUGUCGGAACAGAGCCAGAGGCGGCCCGCUGCUGCAGCUGGUGGCGAGCGUCCUGCUGAGCGCAUGCGCGCUGCUCUUCAAGGAGACGGGCAUCGCGGCGCUCGCCAUCUGCGUCGCCUACGACGUGGCGCUGCUCGCAGAGAGGGGCGUCGCCGGGCCGCGGCAGCUGCUCGCGACUCCCGCGUCGCGCGCGCCGCGGCUGCUGACGCGCGCGCUCUCGCUGUCCUACCUGCCCGCCUUCAGCUGGCUGCACCUGCUGCUCUGCCCCACGGCGCUCUGCUUCGACUGGGGCAUGGCGGCCGUGCCGCUGCUGCACUCGCCGCUGGAGCCGCGCGCCGCCGUCUCCGCCGCCUUCUACGUCGGCCUCGCCCUCGCCUUCCGGGCCUGCCUGCCGCACCGGAUCGCGCAGCGAGCGAUCGAACGCCGGCGGCUGGCGCAACAGGUGUCGCCCGUGGAGAGCCAGAGGCGGCCUGCAGCCUGCCCCUCCAGUCGAACCAAGGGCAGCCGCUGCUGCCUGCUUGGCGGCGGCGCCGACACGCACGCCUGCGCCGACAACAGCGGCAGCGGCCCCUGUGGCAGAGGUGCUCUGUUGGUGAGCCUGUCGCUGCUGGUGGUGCCGUUCCUGCCAGCCACCAACGUGGCGCGCUACGUGGGCUUCGCGGCAGCGGAGCGCGUGCUCUACCUGCCCAGCGCCGGGCACUGCCUGCUUAUCGGCCUGGGCUGGCAGCGCCUCAACCGCAGGUCGCACCACCACCACCAGCAGCAGCACCAACACCACCACCACUGGGGGUGGCUGUCAGGCUUUGCGCUGGCUGCCACACUGGCCAGUCUCGGAGCACGGACUGUACUCCGCAAUAGGGACUGGUACGACGAAGAGAGCCUCUUCCGCUCUGCACUUCACAUCAACCCACCCAAAGCGUACGGCAACCUGGGCUGCGUGCUGAGCUCUGCGGGCCGCCUGGAGGAGGCGGAGUCGGCUCUGAGGCAGGCGCUCAAGCACAGGCCCAACAUGGCGGACGUCCACUACAACCUGGGCAACCUACUGCAGGCCAGAGGCCGCCCGGAGGAGGCGGAACGCAGCUACCGGCUCGCCAUCCACUACCGGCCCUCUCUCGCAGCGGCGUACGUGUCGCUGGGGCAGCUGCUGGAGGCUCGGGGUCGGCUGCGGGAGGCGUCGCAGGUGUACGAGGACGGCACCCAGCUCGACGGCGAGCGGCUGCGGGACCCCGCGGCGCACCUGCAGGCCACCCUCAGGGCGCUGCUGAGGCUGGCCCGGCUGCGGGCCCAGCAGGGCGACUGGCAGGCGGCGGCCGACACCUGCAGGCAGGCGCUGCUCAGGCACCGCGCUGCCCAGCUGCAGGGGCUGCUGACACAGACAGUUGGACCACUGGUGGACGAGGCACGGGAAAGGCUGGUCAAGUUUCAGCAAAUGGCAGAUAGCAGCAGUAAAACACCUCACCUACACACCGUGUCGGCGGCCACGGCGCAGGCGGGGGUGGUCCAGCCGCAACGUCAGAGGCGCAGGGCGGCCGGGGCGGCGGGGGCGGCGUAGGCUCGUCCGGGUCGCCUCCAGCUGCCGCUGGAACCGUGGGUCGGCGCCUGCCGCUGCGACAUCCCGCUACACACCGCUCUGCCAACGAACUUUGGGAACAGUCCGAUGUUGUGAGACUGGACGCGGCGCCUCAGUGUAUUCCGGCGUCACAACGAGUGCGGGCUUGGUGAAGACAGUGUUUGAUACUGAUGGACGCUUGUAAAAACAGUUGUUGCCUU